GAUAGAUAUCUACAUACUGCAGUAGCAAAAUAUCCAAUCAUAACAUCUCGAAGGCCGUCCACUGUCAUCAUACGCAGGUGUGUGAACAUUGACCGUCAUCACACCGUCCUCCGUCCGACGACCCCGGAUUCAUGCCCUCUGCUGCCGGCGAGCAAAGCAACGACAACACCUCGAAACUUUGGAUCCCAGCCGCAGACCGUAUUGUUCAAUCAAAUCGACAACGGACGCCGAAAUUCGCGACACUCGACGACCGCGCACAGCCGAACGAAACCCACUCCUGACAAACUUUGGAGAAGACGGCAUAUACAGAAAUGUCCGCGACUCAAGCCCAGCCCAAUGGCCAUCCCUCGCCCGCCGCAUCCUCACACACCCAGACCGCCGCCACCGCCUCGACCUCUGCUCUUCCGCGCCUACACUACGGCGGCUACGAUCGCUUCGAAUUGGAAUUAGAGUUCGUCCAAAUGCUCUCCAACCCGCUCUACCUUCAACACCUCGCCUCGCAGAAGAUCCUCGACAGCGACGACUUACUCGCAUAUGUCGACUACCUGCAAUAUUUCCGGCGGCCGGAGUAUCUGCCUUAUCUCCAGUCAGUGCCAUUUCAUCCUCCCUUCCUUCCUUGUUUCCUUCCUCCCUCUUCUUCGUUUUCUCUUCUUCCCUUGUUUUUCGUUUUGUCUCUCUUCCCGAGCCCCGGAUUCUGUUUUGCGAGAGCGAAAGAGAGAGAGAGAGAGAGAGAGAGAGAGAGAGAGUCUCCGACUGAUUGAUUCCGGGGUUACGGAAACCCAUUCAGAUAUCCCGGGCCGACGCUCCGCGCCCUCGAACUCAUCCCGCAGGAG